AUGCAUAUCUGAUUUUGCAGUUGGGGAAUGGCGGUCAACGUGUAUUCUACCUCUAUAACCCAAGAGACUAUGAGCAGACAUGACAUCAUUGCAUGGGUGAAUGAUAUUGUAGCUUUAAACUACACAAAAGUUGAACAACUGUGUUCAGGAGCAGCUUACUGCCAGUUCAUGGAUAUGUUGUUCCCAGGGUGUAUUAGUUUGAAGAAAGUAAAAUUUCAAGCAAAGCUUGAACAUGAGUAUAUUCAUAACUUCAAACUUCUGCAAGCAUCAUUUAAAAGAAUGAAUGUGGAUAAGGUCAUUCCAGUGGAGAAAUUAGUAAAGGGACGCUUCCAAGAUAACCUUGAUUUCAUACAGUGGUUUAAGAAAUUUUUUGAUGCUAACUAUGAUGGGAAAGAAUAUGAUCCAGUAGAGGCUCGGCAAGGACAAGAUGCAAUUCCACCACCUGAUCCUGGGGAACAGAUUUUUAAUCUGCCAAAAAAGUCUCAUCAUGCAAACUCUCCUACAGCAGGUGCUGCCAAAUCCAGUCCUGCAUCAAAACCUGGCUCCACAUCAUCUCGUCCAUCAUCAGCAAAAAAAACACCACCAAGCAGUUCAGUGUUAAAAUCUGAUAAAGAUUUGGAGACACAAGUCAUACAGCUCAGCGAACAGGUACAUUCAUUAAAACUUGCACUUGAAGGUGUGGAAAAGGAGAGAGAUUUCUAUUUUGGGAAAUUAAGGGAGAUUGAGCUUCUAUGUCAAGAACACGGAGAAGAAAACAAUGAUCUUGUUCAACGGUUAAUGGAAGUUCUGUAUGCUUCAGAAGAACAUGAGAGCCACACAGAAGAACAUGAUGGUGAAGAACAGGUUCAUGAACAGCCCCAGCAGCAGGAAGAAUACUGACCAUCUGGCACAUUGGCUGUUUCUGAUUUUCUGUGGGAACUUUCUUUGGAAGAAUGGAAUGUAUGUGGCCUCAGACUUGAAACCAAUCACUCUCUGUCUGCCAUUAACAUAAAUGUACCAUAGUGAGUGUCAGCCAACUUGCCAAGAUGUGUUUUGCAGAAGUCUUCUAUCAGCAUUUGUACCUAAGGAGGUCUGCAAGCUUUGUUCCCAGUUUCUACCACUGCAACGUCACUAUCUGGCUGCUUAAAAUUUGUUCAACUUUUAAAAAUAUAUAUAUAAAUAUAAUAUAUAUAUAUAUAUAUAUUUAUUUUUCCUUCUGUCUUAAGUAUGAAUAACAUUUGUAAUUUGUUCAAAACUAUUUAUAUGGGCAUCCCUUAAAACAAAAAGUACUAUUCAGUUAGGUUUCACACAUUUCAUGAUAAUUCGGUGCAUAUGGACAUUACUUUGGACAAAAGGCAAAAGUGGAAAAUAAUUGAAAUAGAUAAAUUCAAGUAAUUUCAAAUAAUUUUCCCUAAUUAGAACAAAAGCACACAUGCUAGAGCUGUAAUGUUUCUGAUGUCAUAAUCCAAAGCAUGCUAGAAAGCUAUACAGUGUAUCUUAUAAUAUUGGAAGAUGCAUACAUGCCUGCCUAAUCUUUCUUUGGAUACUUCCUUCUUCUAAAAAGGUUAUUCCUGUUUCAAUUCUAUAUUCAAUGUUUGUCAAUUUAAGCAUUUAUACAGAUCUUUACAGUAUAUAUGUCUGAAGAUGUCACCUAUAUUCUAAUUCCCACUGCUGGCUACACUGAUUAUGAAAAAAAAACUUUUACUUUUUCUUCUGUGCAAGAGGAGAAACUAGUGGUUGGGCAUGUCAGAAUAUUUACUAGCACAGUUGCACAGUUAAUCCUCUAAAGAUCUUCAUACAACUUUUUGGAAUCCAAAAGUCGGUGAGUAACUCAAGUACACACAGAUGCAAUGCUAGCUUCCAGGUUGUAUUAGUGGGGAUAUUUUAUCCAGAAAGAAAAGCUAAUCAUUAUUUUAGUCCGGAUGAAUGGAUUUGGUAGCAUGGAAAAACAAAUUGCUGGAUUACAGAAAUAAUCAUUGCCAUGCAUUCUAUUAACUUCUAGUUAAAUUUGCACUUAGAUUGUGACAUUUUUAUAAUAGAAAUAAAUCAUAUUAAACAUUCCUUAUUUAAAUUGCAUAUUUUUACAGUCUAAUUAUAGUAUUUUUCCAUUGUAUUCACUGUUUUAUGUUUGCUCGGUUUUAAAUUGGAUUGGUUAUAAGUAUUCUAGCAAAAAACAAAUAGAAUUCAUUGUACCGGUUAUCAUCACUGAAGGUCUCAGUCUACUCUAGCGUGAUCCAACAAAAGCACGCACGACAAAAGCGCACCGACAAAACCGCAUCGCUAAAACUGCAACGUCAACAACAGUGCGCCAACAACAGCACGGUGACAGAAGGGCGCUUUACAACAGUGCGUCUACAGAAAGCCGAUUUAAGUUAAGGUAAGGGUUAGGUUUAGGG